UAUCCCGAUUAAUACCCUACUUACCUCAUAAGAAAAGGAUCAAGAGACCUUGAAAGGAAAACAAAGAAAAAAGGACCGAACGAACGAUACUCACAAAGGAAGAGACUCGAGAGAACUCAGAAACCAUCACAAUCACAAUGGCGUUGCAAUGGUUGAUUCUCACCUACAUAGUCGCCGCUGAAGCUGCCGUCGCGAUUCUGCUAACCCUUCCCUCACCCAAGCUCCUCAGAAACCGCUUCGUCUCUCUGGUUUCGCUCAUUCUGCAACCUGCGCUUUUCAUCGUUCCCUUUGCUGGGUUCCAGCUUCUAGAUAUAUACUGGAAGAAUGAGCAUCGGUUGAUGUGUACCGGUGAGGUUUGUACUGCUGCGGAGAGAGAUCGAUAUGAGAAAUCUAUAUACAAAGCUCAGAGGAACGCAAUACUGUGUGUUUCUGCAUGUCUUCUCUACUGGUGUAUCUACCGCAUUUGCAAGUAUCAGAAGGAUCUCCAAAGUUUGGAGGAAGUGGAGAAGAGAGCCAAGUCCCAGUAGAGUAGUUGAGUCUUGUAUGGACAUGCCACAGUACCAAUUCAUGUUUUAUGGCACAACCUUGUGAUUCAGCUCUAUAUUUUGAACUUUCAAUUUUUAUGUGUUGUGCUGUUUGGACUUGCUCUUGACUUCUAUCAGAUCUAUGUAGUUUAGAGAGUCUUUUAGCCUGUAUCUGUGAGAUACUUCUCUUUUAGCUUCUAUUAAAUUUCAAUCUUGUUAUA